CUCGCGAGUCCCGAGACUUCCCCUCAAGGCACCGGAACAAGAUUUAUCGGUGCAUGGCCGCCCCCAGAUCUGUGUGUAGCUGCACGUUGAAGAACUGUACCAUCCAGCAACAUGCAGUCAGACGACGUUAUCUGGGAUGUGCUUGGGAACAAGCAGUUCUGUUCUUACAAAAUGAAAACCAAGACCCAGAACUUCUGUCGAAAUGAAUACAACUUGACUGGAUUAUGCAACCGUUCUUCCUGUCCACUAGCAAAUAGCCAGUAUGCUACCAUCAAAGAAGAGAAAGGUCAGUGCUACUUGUAUAUGAAGGUGAUAGAACGAGCUGCUUUCCCUAGGCGCAUGUGGGAGCGGGUCCGACUCAGUAAGAAUUAUGAGAAAGCUCUGGAGCAAAUAGAUGAAAAUCUUAUUUACUGGCCUCGCUUUCUUAGGCACAAAUGUAAACAAAGAUUUACCAAGAUCACCCAGUACCUGAUUCGCAUCCGUAAACUUACUUUGAAGCGACAGAGGAAACUUGUUCCCUUGAGCAAAAAGGUGGAAAGACGUGAAAAAAGACGAGAGGAAAAAGCUUUAAUAGCUGCUCAGCUAGAUAAUGCAAUAGAAAAGGAAUUAUUGGAGAGACUAAAACAAGAUACGUAUGGUGACAUCUACAACUUCCCCAUUCAAGCCUUUGACAAAGCUUUGGAACAUCAGGAGGCUGAAACUGAUGACUCAGAAACUGAAGAGAAAGAUGAUGAUGAGGAGGAGGAUGAGGAGGAGGAAGAUGAUGAUGACUUGAAUAAAAGGGAAUUUGUGGAAGAUGAUGAGGUGGAAGAGAGUGACCUCAGUGAUUUUGAGGAUAUGGAUAGAUUAGAAGCUUCCAGUGAAGAAGACCAGGAUGAGAAAUCAUCCAGUGAAGAAGAAGAAAAAGCUGCUACUGCCAAACACAAAGGCAAAGCUCCAUUGAAAGGUCCUAUGAAGAGAAAGCGAGCCUAUGUGGAAAUAGAGUACGAGCAGGAGACAGAAGCAGUGGCCAGAUCUCGGACUCUUUGAUUGUCUUUAGGCAUUUUGUAAAUGGAACUACAUCCGAAUGAAUUUUCUGAACUGCUUACUUAUAAUUUUCUAUUUUCUAAAAGAUCCUGGCUCUCCAAUUUUAUGUUUAAAGGCUUUGUUUUUAAACACUAUUUGUGAUCCAAAUGCUCAUACUUCUGUGUGAAGGGAUGAAGAAAACUAAAUUCUGAACAGGAUUUUCAUGGAAGGGCCAGAUUUUUUUUUUUUAAACAAACCCUUACCUUCUGUUUUAGAAUCUGUACUAAGUAUCAGUUCCAAGGCAGAAGAGCAGUAAGGGCUAGGCAGUUGGGUUAAGUGAUUUGCCAAAGAUCACACAGUUAGGAAGUGUCUGAGGCUACUCUUGCACCCAAGUCCUCCCAGCUCCAGGCCUGGCUUUCUGAGCCAUCUGUCUGCCCCAAGGCAGAUGUAUUAAAAUAACAGUUGUGCCAGAGAAGGCUCACAGUGUGGGGUCAGGCUGGGGGACAGAAACAUUCCUUCAGUCUUACAAAGUCAUAUCAUUUCCCACGUGAUCUUACUGUCCUUAAGACUUUUUUACUCUUUUACUCUGUCCCUACUCCUGUGGAGUUAAGGGGAAGAAAGAAACAGACUACCUUACUUCCAUUCCCUUUAUACUGAGUGGAAAAUAUUUCACCACCUGAAGCUACCCUCAUCCUUUAACCUUUAGGGAAUACACAGGAAUUGUUUUCUUCUCCAGGUUAAUGAUCGAUGAGAGAAAGAUAACAUUUUAUCUUCAAAUUAAGUAAAAACAUAUUUAUUAUUUUUUUAAUGGCAAUGUGUUUAAGUUCCAGCUUGGGUUGUUCUUCCUGAAAGCUGCUGUACUUUUCUGAUACAUUGUAGUACCUUGUCAUCUUCACAGCUCUGGACAGCUUUGGCUAGCAGACUCUGAAACAGAAGAAUUAAAAAAAGAAAAAAAGUCA